GGGAUUAUCCAAAGUAUAUAAAGAGGAGUAGUUGAUUAUACUGCAUAUCGUAGUACUUCUUAACAUUACAUUAAGCAUGGAAUCUUUUCAUGGGGAUUGGCUGAACAUUGCGGCGUCUGCUACUUCAGAGCAGACCCCAUUCAAUCAGAACAACGGGCCCAUUCAAUCAUACAACUUCAAUCAGCUACAUAACAAUGGAAAUGAGAAUAGCCAUGCUUUGAGCCUCGAUCAAAUAUCGAGCGAUUUGCCACAAGCAAACCUGUCGAGUUUCCAGCACCUCAACGGAACAACCUUCCAUCCCCAUGACACCAGUUUCAACCCACAUUCCCAUCUCUCUGCAUCAUCCACAUUCAACUCUCGUCCGUUAAUGCCACCCCCAAUCUCAGAUCCUUCGACAAUUUCUCGUCAACAGAAGCGUACGCAUAGCUCCUUCCAAUUCGAUAUCCCAAACAAGGACGUUGAAAAACAGAAGGAUCACGAGAACACACCACACUUUUUCGGUGUAGAAGAUAAGCAGCACCAGAAUCAGUAUGAUAAUCAGUCAUACUCUGAUUUGAAAUCCGAGCUCCUGCAAAUAAUAAGCAAAUUGAAGGAAGAGUUUGAUACCGAGAAAAGAAUGAGGAUGGCCAUUCAGCGUCAAUUAGAGAAUAUCAAGUAUGAAUCGGACACUUAUAUUACAUCCAUCCUGUCAUUUAGUGAGAAAUGCGGGGAAUUCUUGACGACUUUCCCACGGCAGAUGAAGGAAGCCAAAGCUGCUUUUGAUGAUAAAGUGAGUAUUUUGGAUAGGAAGAUAGCAGAGGUCGAAUUACUCAAACAACAACUACAAACUGGUAUUAUAUGAGCUGGAUUACAUUAGUUAUUCUCAACUCAAAUUACAAAGCUCCUAUUGUUAUUUUUCAAAUCCAAUCAUUUGUAUGUGAUGAUUCAACAAUACCCCAGAAUGCCAACCAAACAGCUUCGGCUUCUGUAAUCUUGUCAUUGCAAUCCUUCAAAGUGCUUCUGAUCAGCAAAAUUGAAUCCACCAACUCGUCUAGCAAAGCCAUAAAAGCAUCCCAUUCUCGUCGAUAAUAUAUAACAUUUCGAUACAUGAUUUGUUUCUCUCGUAUCAAGUGUGUAACUGUGUUUGAAUUUGAGAUACUCUCAAAUUCGUCCACUUUAUUAACAGGAUCUUUCAAAAAGAAGUUGUCUUUAAAAGGAUUCUUAUCUUGAUUAUGAAUACUUGAGCAGGGGCGUGAGUUGGAAAACGGAAUCGAAUUUAAAUCCGAUGCUUUUUGCUGACUCA